GACUGUUUGGUCACCGCGAUUGAUCAACAUAACUGGCGUCUUUAUUCCCUAUCCACGCCAACUCGCCUCGGCCGAUGUCGAUGAGGCGCGAUUGGGUCAGAGGGAAGGAGGGCCUGCCUGGAACACCAACUGACCAAUCGAGUUGACACCUCGACUCAAUUUUUAAUGUCAGCUAUAGAAGAUUAAAAUGGACCCAACCGAAAUUGAUUAUUUACCCCCCAUUUCACUGUCUGGAGCCAUAGUUUACGUUUAAUCAGAAGGAGGCAAUUUAUGGCGAGUCCUGAUUUUUGCUUGGCCUGCUUAUCGUUUCUUUAAAGUCAGGUAGCCCCAGUCGAUGCAAAAAGCUCAAAAAGAAAACGCAAAAAGGCAAAGCAAACGUCGCUUGAAAAUAAUAAUACCGACUUGAAAGGCGGCUUCAUCUCGGCAUUCCCUCCGCUCUGCAAAGGACUCCGCCGGGAGGUAGGCCACCCAACUGACAGGGGUUCCCGCCAGCCCGUCAGCCGCCAGAGCCCUUCAAACCCGAGUAUGGUCAGGGGGCUACUACAUCCGGCGCCGGUCGUGCUUUGGCGCGAAAAGGCCGUGGCUCGCUGUUCAAAACCCCACACCACCGCGCUGUAGCCGAAGCUGACACUGACAAGACAGACGAGAUCGUUCAUCUAUAUCGAGGAGUGGAGUGGUGCAGUAAAUUUACUUCUGGUGAAUCAAGCCCCAUUUAACGUUGCCAAAAUGAAGGAAAAGGUUCAGACGAGGCGAGCGAGCGGCGGCAGAUCGCGCAAGACGUCAUCGGCGCCGCAGGCGGAGGCGAUGAACAGCGGCGCGAACGAGCCCAAGAGGGGCGUCAAAAGGAAGAAUGAGUUUGAUAACCUGCUCCUGGAGAACGGCGAGCUCAACGAUUUGGGGCUGCUGGGCGACUAUUGCAAGAGGGUGACGCGCAGCUCGCUGAGAGAGAAGAAGACCGUCCUCCCCGAGGGCGCGGCGGCGGCGUCAGGGUCAGCGCCCACAUCACCACUAGCCUCACCCUCGUCACCCCCAGCCACCACCGCCGAACCGAGGACCCUGGGCAAGAGUCCUGGACCACAUCAAGGCACCAGCAAGACAAGUAAGGAUGAUACAGCGGCCGAGGACUCCGCACCAGAGCGCCAGGCUAUGUCGCAGGACAAGCAAGUUACAGGAUACGCCUCUGCUCUCUCACCACCCCAUGAUAAGAGGCAGCUCCAAGUUCAACCGCAAGACUUUCGCACCCCAAAGCAAACGAAGGUUUUGAAUGAAUCAAUGGACUGUGCUCCAUCCCCCAUGACACCUUGGAUGUCUAAAAUGCAAGCGGGGGCUUUGAAUGAUUCUAUUGACUGUGCUCCAUCCCCCAUAACACCUUUGAUGCCUAAAAUACCAGAACCUGUAACGGUCUCUAGUGAAGUCAGCGUGGAAGAUAUUGUGCCGUCACCUCAUGGAAUGUCCUUACCUCAGCUAACUUCUCUGACUCAUGAGAUUGAGAGUGUUCUAGUCAAAGAAAAGACACUUCCGUCAAAAGAGGAACCAUGCACCAGUAAGACUGUUGUUGGCAAAGCAGGGCUUGAUCUAGAUCGUUUGAUUGAUGAAAUAUUUGUGAGGAAUUCCAGCAACUUAGGCUCUGAACUGAACCGCACCGAUAACUCAUUAUCAAUGGACAUUGGUAGCUUUGAUAUCACUUUGGAAAGCCCAGUGUCAGGAACAGAUACUGAUGGUCUGGAGCAAGUGGGGAAUAAAUCAAUUUCUUCAGAUACAGUAGAGGCAGGAGGCCCUGAUUUAUACUCAAUGCCCACCGACACUGACAGCAGUGCUAUACCUGAAAACCAACCUCAGGCAAGCUGCCCCGUUUCAAAAGAAGACAAGGCUGUCCUCAAUUCAGAAACAGCCUCCUGUGCAGGUAGUAGACCUAAACAAAAAUCACCAGCGGGAGCACAAAUGGAACACCCCACUGACACUUUGAGCUUAGAACAGGUGAAGAUUUCACAAACUCCAGUUCAAUCAAUUCUCAAAGUGCACCAGACUAUUACACAGGGCCUAUCAGCCUUGUGUGUCAAAAGUACAGAAGAGUCUAAUUCUUUACCCCAACCAAUGGAAUCUGCUUCUGCACUUAACAGUGAAGAACCUUUCACUGAGGAAUUACGCUUGAGUGAUUCACAAUAUAUGGCCAUUGACGAAAAGUGUUCCUUAAUCAAGGAUGAUUUGCAAGCUCCACCUCCCAGCCACAUUACAGCUCACCCUAAGCCUCUAAGAGAAUCAGACACAGGCAUCAAAUUUUCAGCUCAGGGUAUCUCCAGUCUUCCAAGUCUUGGAUUUUCUGUACCUCCUGCUCCUCGCAUGGACUGGAUUGCAAAAACUUUGGAUAGUCGCCAACGCUUGAGAAUGCUAACACAGGAAGUUUCCAGACUCAAUGCCAUGGUGCUCAGAGCUAGAAGAACAUUAUGGCCGAGGCAGAAACCAAACCUAACAUUUCAGGGCAACCAAAUCACUCAAACUCUGCCUGAAAGGCAAGUACCUCAAAUGAGGCUGCCAGAUUUGUCAAAAGAGCCAGACUGGAAUAUCUGCUGAACUUCAUUUUUAAAUAACUCUUGCAUUAUUCAAUGAACUUAUCUAUGAUCUAUAAUGAACAUAUCUAAUAAUAGUUAUUUGAGGUAAAGGAAAGAUGUUUC